UUAAAGAAUUCUUACCCUUAAAGAUUAGAUUCAAGACAGCUUAACCUUAUUUCAGUACUACCAAAUCAUUGUGAUAACAAAUAUUAAUGAAGUCAACAAAUUUACUCUCCUCUCUCAUUAUUAUUUGGCUCAGCGGUGUCAUAACAAUAUCUAACCAAACCAACUUGAAGCUACCUCCGGAUAUUAACCUUGACCAGUUUGCUUGGAUAACUCCUCUACUGGGAAACAUCUCUAAUGAGUGCAGGUCUGCAAGUGAAAAGUAUCGCGAUGCACUUAUUGAAGUUCUGAACUCCACAAAUCUUAAGGAAAAAGAGAAUUCUCCUAUGAUCCCUGCAGCUCUGCAGAUGUUUGAUUCAAAUGGAAGAUUACCAAUGGAAGGAUUUCUUUCUGAUGUUCUUGAAAUUCCCAUAGACCUUUGUGAAUUAGUUGGGGAAAGUACAAAGUCAUGCCUUUUACCAAAUGCAGUAAGAUUUAUUGUGCUAAAAAUUCCACUGGGCUAUUCCAAUAAUCCUGGAAGUCAUGGAGAGUGUCUUUCUGUGGAACAAACUGAGACUAAAUAUUGCACAGUCAGGCUGAAAGGAGCUGACCUGGGAUUUGGAGGAAUUGCAUUGCCAGCAAGAAAAGUUUUUCCCGCAUGAAAAGCCUUUCAGAGUAUUUAUACUUUUUACACCCCAGACUAAGUACAAUGUAUAAAGCUGACACAGACUUUGUUUCAGUGGAGCUAUUUCAAACUAACGAUUUCAAAAACCUUUUUGGUUUGCUCUCUGCUGAAGGUAAUUUAACAAGAGUAGAAAUGCAGGAACUUCAAGAGCAAGUUUUACUACUAUUUGUGGGAAUCUACAGUGCUGUCAGCAAUCCCAGUAAUGGAAUGUGUUUUCCCAAGAGCUGUUCUCCAGAAGAUAUCAAUGAAAAUUACAAAGUAUUAACAGCCAAAUCUUUUGAGGACAUCAUAAUUGAUAUCAUGGGAAACCCUAUUAACUUACUAAAAACUGGCAAUUUAACAAUAGAAACUAAAGCUGAAGACUGUUUUACAAGGGAUAAUAGAAGUGGGAUGCCUGAAGAUUAUCCUUUCAUUGUCUUACUUAUUUACACAAUCUUCAGCCUCAUAGGUUGCCUCACUGUUAUUGGAACACUUCUUGACUUGAUCUCGCCAAUCACUGAAGAUGAGAAAAUAAAACCACAAACAAUGAAGAAAAGAAUUUUAAUGUGCUUUUCAGCUUAUACCAAUGGAAAACACCUACUUUCAACAAAAUCUUCUGGACAAGACCAUUUUAAUUGUCUUAAUGGAAUGCGGUUCCUCAGUAUGACUUGGGUUGUCUUGGGCCAUAGUUUUGGAAGUUCACUAUUUACUGGAAGAAAUUUAGGAGAAGUUCUAAACCUAAUAUCAGGGGAAGGAGGAAUAGCAUUGGAGGCAGUGCUCAAUGCUUUUCCAUCUGUAGACACUUUUUUCUUUAUGAGUGGGUCACUUACAUCUUUUAUACUCUUCAAAGAAGUAGAGCAGGCAGAUAAAGAUAAGACAAAGCAUGCAAUUGUACUCUUACUGUACUAUGUUCACCGGUACCUCCGAAUUACAAUACCAUAUGCUCUAGUCAUGGGUGUAAUAAUAGCUGUGUUACCCUAUACCUUCUAUGGUCCCAGUUGGUCUUUCACAAUCAAGGAAGCAGAGGAUUGCAGUAACUAUGGGUGGGCAAACUUGUUGUACAUACAAACAUUUCUAGAGUCAACAAAGGACAGUAUAUGUAUGGAAGUUUCAUGGUAUCUUGUAGAUGAUAUGGUAUUCCAUUGGUUCUCUCCGAUAGUUAUGUACCCGGUGUUUAUUGCUUUUUUAAAAACUAAAAGUCAUAUUGUAGGAAUGUUGUGGUGGGGAUUCACAAUGGUCUGCUUCACAGGAGGUCUGUUCUACAUGUCAUAUACAACCAAUCAACCACCCUCAAGAACUCAUAUGGUUCCAGGUUUAGAUGAGGAUGGAUACAACCUUUAUGUUGACUUUUAUGAAGCCCCUUGGGUAAGAUACCAACCAUACCUUGUUGGCAUCUUACUUGGAUACAUCCUUCAUCAUACAAGAGAAAAACAAGUUAAAAUAAACAAUGCAGCAAAUAUAUUAUUGUGGCAGGCGGCAUUUCUUGCUGGUUUUGCAGUAGUAUAUGGAUUGUAUGGGGUUAGAACACAAACAAUGACCCAUUUCAGCGCCUCAAUUUACAAUUCAUUUCAACGAUUAGCUUGGAGCGGAGCACUAGCAUGGGUUAUUUUUAGUUGUGCUAAAGGUUAUGGAGGAGUGGUGAAUGACCUCCUGUCUUGGUCACUUUUUGCUCCACUUGCAAGAAUAACCUUCUGUACCUAUCUCAUCCAUACCAAUCUGCUGGGCAUGUUUACAUCAUCUGUUCUACUUUCAUUCCCAUUUGACUUUUCAUUCUGGGUAAGUGUUUGGCAUUUCCUUGGAUCUUUGUCAAUAUCCUUGACCGUGGGAUUUUUCCUUUCCAUGUUUUUUGAGUCACCCAGUGUAAGGUUAGAGAAACUUCUUAUUGGAUCAGUUCUUCAGGGCCUUAUUCCAAACUCAGGAAAGCAUUACAAAGAUUAAGAAAAAUCUUUCAGCAAGUGAAGAGAAACAGAUAUCCUUAAAAGAAACCCUGCUAAAACUUGGACAGGAAGAAAAUUCUUAAUUGUAGUCAUGAAAAUAAAAUAUGAAAAAAUAAUGUUGAAAUUUAAAAUGUGCAAA